GUAAGAACGUUUAAGGUAGAGCUUUAAGGAAGUUACUACAUUUAAUAGUCUGAAAAUGCCUGAACCUGCAAAAUCUGCUCCAGCUGCAAAGAAGGGGUCUAAGAAAGCCGUGACUAAGACUCAGAAGAAAGGAGACAAGAAGCGUAGAAAGACAAGAAAGGAGAGUUAUUCCAUCUACGUAUAUAAAGUGCUGAAGCAAGUUCAUCCAGAUACUGGAAUCUCUUCUAAGGCUAUGGGUAUAAUGAACUCUUUUGUAAAUGACAUCUUUGAGCGUAUCGCUGGGGAAGCGUCCCGCCUGGCACAUUACAACAAGCGCUCGACUAUAACUUCCCGGGAGAUCCAGACCGCUGUGCGCUUGUUGCUGCCCGGCGAGCUGGCCAAACAUGCUGUGUCUGAAGGAACCAAGGCUGUUACCAAAUACACCAGCUCCAAGUAAACAUCUGGGUAACUAAAUCUAUAACCCAAAGGCUCUUUUAAGAGCCAACCACCUUUUCAUUCAAAGAGCAUAGCAUCACUGACAAGUAUUAUUUGUGCUUUUCAAAUUGCAUCAUGUCAUUAGUGAAGAGAAAAUAUCAGGCAGGCAUUAAGUUUUACAUAACUAUUUCGAAGUAAUUUAUCAGCAAACUUUCUUCUCAAACCUUAUGCAGAAAAGGAGCCUGGAUUCUCUUUACUAAUUAUAGUAAACAAGCAUUUGUAUUUGCUACAGUCUAGGUGAAAGGAUUCUUGUCUCUUCUGUAAAAGUGAUUAAAGCCCCCCAUUAUUGCAGUAGCAUUAUUAUUCAAAGGUAU